GUUCGCACGUUAGCACAAUUAGCACAAUUCACCACUUUUUUUUUCUCCUCUCCCUUCCCUUCCCGUCUCUUCUCUGACCGCCUCAACGAUGCCGUGCCCUACCCUACCGAUUACCUAUUCAAUCAAGCCAACCAGGCUACGACCAGCGAUAGCCAACGGCCCAGGAUUAGCAACGCCAUAUCCACAACGACCACUGCGAAUACUGCGCGGGGCCGAUUUCGCCAUCUCCUCUCCCUGGCUUGCAAUAAGGUAGUUUGCGCUCUGUUUAUACCCUAAGACACCCAAGUAGCCACUAGCACUGCUCGAACUACUCGAUUCGAAUUCAUUGCAAAUAUUGUAAAGGACCUUUUUUGGACCAAUACCACUACUACAUCCACUUCACCGCACCGUCUAAUAUAUACGCCCGCACCCUUGGACCUGCGAGAUCCCGCUAGCUUGCGAAACUUGAGCCGGGACGGGCGCGCCACCUGGAUGGUCAACACCAAGCACGCAAUCUCACCUCGUUUCACCGUACUCUUUCUCAAUACCUACUUGGAUGGUGCAAUUCCAAUAAAUCGUCCCGGGCUUUGUCCUUCCACCCGGCCACCAAUCUAAUUUCCCUCGUUUUCAUCAUCAUGGACAGCCUGCCUCCCAUGCUGACCACCAACGGCCGCGAGCCGACGACGAGACAUGAUGGACGCCCAUUUCUCCCUAACGAUACCACCUUAACGAAUCUCAACCACCUAUCUACCACGAACCGUACUCGCCCACCAAGACAAUCUUUGUCGUCCAUACCCUCUGAACAAUCCAACUUAAAACCGUCGAGAGAUAAUUGCGAUAGGCGAAGGCCUGAGGACGCGGAGGAUUCCUCUCGCCUGCCCAAUAUGUCCCAGCAACUUAUGGGUCAAUCUGUCACUCCGUUCUUACGAGAACAUAUACCUGGACUGUAUGCGCCUAUAGGAAAACCCGACCUUCCUUCGAUGGCCUCCCUUAAGACAAAGGAUCCUAAUAGCAAAUACUGUUAUCGCCACCGUCCGGAUUCUAAGUGUCGCAGGGCAGCCGACGAAACUAAGAUGGGACUAAUCCAAAGUGAACUUGAAACACUUCCCGACGCUGAUCGGCAGGCCAUUACCAACGUUUGGUCAUUGUUCUCUGCUGCUCCUUCUAAGCAUCGUGAACUUAUGUUGCAAGGAAUCAUCACUCAAUGUUGCUUUCCGCAGCUUUCUACUGUAUCCCGGGAGGUUCACGAACAACUGAAGAUAGAUUUCCUAACUGCAUUACCAACUGAACUGUCUCUAAAGAUCUUAUGUUACCUCGACUGCUCAUCUCUCUGCAAGGCUGCCCAAGUCAGCAGACGAUGGAACACCCUGUCAGGAGAUGAUAUCGUCUGGCACCGAAUGUGUGAGCAACACAUCGGACGCAAGUGCGAGAAGUGUCAAUGGGGUCUCCCAAAAUUAGAAAAGAAGAGGCUAAAGGAAUGGAAAAUUCAACAUCAAGCCGACAUGGAAAACCAGCGAGCGUUAGCGGCUAAUAACCAAGCCCUUGUGGUCGCAAGUGCUGUCAAGCGUAACGCUUCAUCUCUAGAGGUUGAGGUACCGGAUUCCGCUAAGCGACAAUGCGUCAAUGGUGCUGGUAGCACAAACAAGACGUCGUCGGGAACACAGAAGUUCAGGCCUUGGAAGGAUUUAUACCGGGAAAGAUACCGAGUUGGAUCCAAUUGGCGCUACGGCCGAUGUACCAUUAAAACAUUCGGAGGUCAACACACCAAUGGCAUCACAGCUUUACAAUUCGACGACAAUAUUCUUGCUACCGGCUCGUACGAUUCGAAAAUAAAACUAUGGGAUAUUGAGAAGGGUGAAGUAAUACGGACUCUUCACGGUCACACGAUGGGAAUUAGAGCCCUCCAAUUUGAUGAUCGGAUGCUUGUUUCCGCGAGUUUAGACGGUACCGUCAAGAUAUGGAACUGGCGAACUGGCGCUUGUAUCAACACACUUAACCACCAGGGUGGUGUCAUAACUGUGCACAUGGACGGCGACCUCCUUGCUUCAGGAUCUAUGGACAAGUCGAUCAAGAUCUUCAACUUCAAAACUCAACAAUCAUAUAGUCUACGUGGCCACACCGACUGGGUGAACCAUGUUCGCCUUGAUGCAGCUUCACGUACGGUACUAUCCGCUUCCGAUGAUUGCACGGUCAAACUCUGGGACCUUGACUCAAAAGUCUGCAUCAAAACAUUUGAGGGACACGUCGGACAGGUUCAGCAGGUUCUCCCAUUACCGGAUGAUUAUGAAUUUGAGGAUGAGACUACGAAGGACAACGAUGCUGCUUCUGUGGCUAGUAACCGCAGUUCUACCCCUCCUGGUGGAUCGUCUUCCUCCUUUUCGCUCAGCCAGGUGGACGAAGAACGGGCUGCAUAUGGCCCUAUCUUCCAAAACGAUCCUGACCGACCGCUUCCCCCACGGUAUAUGCUUACGGGGUCUCUGGAUGCGACAAUGCGACUCUGGGACACAGCGACCGGAAAGAGCCCAAGAACUUUUUUCGGGCACGUCGAAGGCAUAUGGGGACUCGCGGCUGAUUCGUUGCGAUAUGUUACUAGUGCUAAUGACGCGACGGUCAAGGUAUGGGAUUCCCGAACUGGCAGAUGCGAACGAACCUUUACCGGCCACGCUGGACCAGUGACCUGUGUUGGGCUAAGCGAUAGCCGAAUGGCGAGUGGAAGUGAGGACGGAGAAGUGCGAUUAUAUAGCUUCGAGGGUGAACCUUCAGAGGUUGAAGAGUUCGGAACGCCUGCUUAAACAUCUCGAACGACAUCUGUCCGGCUCGAGUAGGACCGACAUCAUUCAUCAAUUUUAAGAAGCGGGUUUGCUUUAUGGGGGCGUUUAAAUAUACCACUACUGUUACACCGGCUACCCGAGGGGGGAAAAGCAGCUGGAUUCGGCGGUACUUAUCUAUUUGAUUCAAAAUUUACGGCAUCAAUGAGGGUCGGCGCUACUAUGGAAAAUUCAAGAGGCGUAUCGGAUAAGAAUCAGCACUGUUGCGUAAAUGCGUGCUAUUGAACCGGAUUAUUUCGGACGAUAUUCUAGUUAGGAUGGCGUCUAUUCAACACUGUCCAAUAGCUUGGGGAAGUGGAAAGCAGGAUUGUCUAUGGACAUGCUUUUUAAUUGAAUGAUUUUAUCUGACA